ACAGGCAUUCGAGAGUACACAACCCCACCAACUUUACCUAUUGAACCCAAGAUAUCCAUCCACUGGACAAGUUGCACAUCUUCACACCGAUAGCAUUUAGUCGUGGUUAUAUAUAUAUCCUAAGCAAUCGCCCGAACAAAGAAUGUCCGGUAGUGAGAGCAUUCCACAGGAAGAGAAUCGCCCUAACCUGGUACCUGACUUUGGCCCUACAUCUCCGCUUUCCGACGUUUCUUCCCCGUCAUACACCGAGCAAGACGAGGCAGAAGCAACCACAUUCUUCUCGACAAACGCCAUUCUCGAAUCGGACACUUCCCUGGAGUCCCACACCUCUGCCCGAGCUCCAGAGAUCGGUACGGCCAACGACACAAACUCCCCCACGGAGCAGAAUAUUAGGCUAUUGAACUCCCUUGAGUCUCCAAGCACCUUCGGCAACCACAGCCUCAACACAACCGGCUCCAAGUUCAGCAGUUCCUCCGAGCUUAGUGAUAUCGAUUCUUCCGAAGCAGAAACCGAUAAGAUGGAUUUUCUCGAUGAUAGCAACGGCCACAUUGACGAGGACCAGAACAGCCACCACAAGUCCCAAUUGAGGGAAAUCGCGUUGUCUAAUUUGAAGGAUGACGAAGAACUGUACACGGGGGACGAAGACAGCAACAGUCCCGUCGAAGAAACAGCUGAGAAGCCAACCGAGAUUGUGGACACCCCCCCACACACUGGCAAGCACGAGGGAGACGAGGUGGCCGUUUCUGUCAACGGAGGAAGGGCUGAUGAAGUGCCAAAGGAAGAGUCUCCUGCAACAUCUCCGAAUUUUUCCGAGAACGGAUCCAAGGCUGAGGAUGAAGUUACAACGCCUGAGAAACAUGCCCAGGAGGAUGUCCAAAGAACUCCGAACAAGAGACGAAAGCUCAUUCCAAGCAUGGAGGAGACCCAAGACCCUGAUGUAAAAACAGAAUUGCUUCACCCCAAUGAUUUUGAAGACAACGCCGAUGAAGAGGAAGACAUUGAAAACGAAGGCGAAGACGAGGACGACGAGGAUGAACGCGAACACGAAUCACUAGCAGAGGACUCAAAAUCUCCUGUUG